AUGCCUCAGGAUAUGCCCCCAACGGGGGGCUACGCCCAAGUCCAGUACAAGCGGAACCUCCCUGCCCGUGGCUUCAAGCCUUGGGUUUACAUGGUUGGCAUGCACGCGAUCAUGGCCUACGGUUUCUACAAGUACUUCCACGGUGUCCGUGAGCAACGUGAGCUUUCUCGCGAGAAGAUGUGGGCCCGUUUGUACCUUACUCCCCUCCUCCAGGCUGAGGAAGACCGCGACCAGGUCCGCCGCUACUACGCCGACCAGGCCCGCGCCAAGGAGCUCGGUAUCGAGGACAAGGUCUACAACUCUGACCGGUAUGUUUUGAACGACUAUGACUAUGCAUCUUCCGAUGUCUUCCUUCCUCUCGAUCGUUUACUGACUUCUCUGCUCUUUCACAGCUUCAUCCGUCCUACCUUUGCCAUUACUCCCAGCCAUGUCACUCAAUAG